AUGACUUAUAUAGACUGUAGGUAUGGUCUUGAGCAGCUCCAAGGAGGGGCUGACUUUUGGCAGGGUUUCUCAGGGGCAGAAUGUGAAGAGGCAGCUCCAGGGGAGGGGAUGCUAUCUGGUGCACUGAGGGUGGAGUUUGGAGAGGGCAGCUCAAGGGGAGGUGCUGCUGGGGUGUCUGGAAUCCUCUCCACCCGCAGCUGGAGAUUCCACAUAGGCACCACUUCAACUUCUCCUGUGUUCAAAAAAGGAGAAAACAACGGUCGUGCCAAAAAGGGCCGCGGCCAUGUGCAGUCAAUUCGCAGCACUAACUGCACCCGCUGUGUGCCCAAGGACAAGGCCAUUAAGAAGUUCGUCAUUCGGAACAUCGUAGAGGCGGCUGCCAUCAGGGACAUAUCCGAAGCAAGUGUCUCCGACGCUUAUGUGCUCCCCAAACUCUAUGUCAAGCUGCAUUACUGUGUGAGCUGUGCUAUUCAUAGCAAGGUGGUCAGGAAUCGAUCUCAGGAAGCUCGGAAGGACCGAACACCCCCACCACGAUUUAGACCUGCUGGUGCUGCACCACGACCCCCACCAAAGCCCAUGUAAAGUCGCUUCAUAGAGACAGAAGAAAACACCUUGGAAAAAUAAAAUGGGACUU